AUGGUUUCUGUUGUGUUUGCUGGUCAGUACCAGCGGAAGCUGUACAAGGAUCUGUUGAUUAAUUAUAACCGUCUGGAGAGACCAGUGUUCAACGACUCAGCUCCUAUACUGGUGGAACUGGGCUUCACACUGUUACAGAUCAUAGACGUGGAUGAGAAGAACCAGGUUCUGAUGACCAACGCCUGGCUGCAGCUGCACUGGACAGAUACUUACCUCUCCUGGAACCCAGAGAACUUCCCAGGUGUUCAGAACCUUCGUUUCCCCUCCAAUCAGAUCUGGGUUCCUGAUAUCCUCCUCUACAACAGGUACGUCCCUGUGUUACCACAUUACCCCCCCCCCUCCAGGUACGUCCCUGUGUUACACCAUUACCCCCCCUCCAGGUACGUCCCUGUGUUACAGCCAUUACCCCCCCCUCCAGGUACGCCCCUGUGUUACACCAUUACCCCCUCCCCUCCAGGUACGCCCCUGUGUUACACCAUUACCCCCUCCCCUCCAGGUACGUCCCUGUGUUACACCAUGUAG